AACAAGAAGAAGCUGUGAAGACGACAGAGGAAACUAUGACGAAUCAAACAGAUGUAAUAACAACAACUCCUUUGACAACACAGAAGCCCAUGAUGAAAAGUUAUAAACCACCCGAGAAAUGCCCAGAUGAGAUCAGAACAUGUGUGACUGAUCCGUGUGACAAAAGGGUUCGCCCGGACUGCCCUGCUUGCCCCCGUGCUAAAUGUGUCUCCGAUUAUUGUCCUAACUGCUGGGAUCCGCUGUUCAAAUUAGGGAAGAAGAGAUAUGUUGACUGCGGCAGAGUCGACUGUGAUUAUCCUGAAGACUGCAAAGUGGACCCCUGUAGUUUUAUAAAGAAGCCUAAGAAGGGCCGGUGCAUAUCUAACAACUGCGGUGGAUGCAAGGCAGUGUGUUACAAUAAGAAGUGUAGGAAGGUGAAAUGCAAGAAACUUAAAAUGAAGACUACACCAACGAUGCCCUGA